GCCGCCGUGCCCGAGCCGCUCCUGCUGCUGGGCUGCUGCCUGCGGCCGCAGGACCCGGCCGAGCCGGGCCAAGGGGAGCGCGGGCGGCUGCUGGCGGCGGCCGAGAUGAUGGCGGAGGGCGGCGGCGGGCCGGCGCGCAGGAAGGCGCUGUCGCUGCUGGAGGCGGCCCGAUCCCGCUACGAGAGCCUGCAGAUCUCCGACGACGUCUUCGGGGAGUCGGGCCAGGACAGCAGCGGGAACCCCUUCUACAGCACCUCGGCCGACUCGCGCUCCGCCGCCUCUUCCCAGGACGAGGACGACGACGAGGAAGACCAGGGGCGCCCGGCGGUGCCGAGCCCGCGGGGCAGGGCGGCCCGGCGCCGCGCUCCCCGGGCGGCGGCCACCCCGGCGGAGCGGCGGCGGCAGCGGCAGGUCUGCGGCGGCAGCGCCGUCCCGGGCGGCCCCGGCCCUAUGGAGGACGAGGAGGAGGAGGAAGCGGAGAAGGGGGGCUGGACGCGGUCGCUGCGAGACGUCCCACCCCCUCAUUUCAAGGAUGGCAGCGGUCCAACACGAAAAAUGCCCCUGACUGCCAGUGCCAUGGACUUUUUUCAGCUCUUUGUCCCUGACAAUGUACUAAAGAAUAUGGUGGUCCAAACCAACAUGUAUGCUAAGAAAUACCAGGAGAGGUUUGGUAGUGACGAUGCCUGGGUUGACGUCACCUUGACAGAAAUGAAGGCCUUCUUAGGCUACAUGAUAUCAACCAGCAUCCACCACUGUGAGUCUGUUCUCAGCAUCUGGAGCAGCGGCUUCUACAGCAACAAGAGCAUUGCACUUAUCAUGACACAAUCAAGGUUUGAGAAGAUUCUGAAGUACUUCCACAUUGUGGCCUUCCGCUCGAGCCAGACAACGCAUAGCCUCUACAAAAUCCAGCCUUUUCUGGACUCUCUGCAGAAUGGCUUUGACUCUGCUUUCAGACCUUCACAAGCCCAGGUACUACAUGAGCCCCUGAUAGAUGAGGAUCCAGUUUUCAUUGCUACCUGCACAGAGAGGGAGCUGCGCAAGAGGAAAAAGAGGAAAUUCAGUCUUUGGGUUCGGCAGUGCUCAUCUACUGGUUUCAUCUGCCAGAUUUAUGUCCACCUCAAAGAAGGGAGUGGUGCUGAUGGGUUGGAUGCUUUGAAGAACAAACCACAGCUUCACAGUAUGGUGGCCAAAAGCCUUUGUCAAAAUGCCUCUGGGAAGAACUACAUCAUCUUCACAGGCCCAAGCAUUACCAGCCUGAAUCUCUUUGAAGAAUUUGAGAAGCAAGAGAUUUACUGCUGUGGGUUGCUGAGCACCAGGAAGAGUGACUGCACAGGCCUACCUCCCUCCAUGCUGAACAAUUCUGCAACUCCACAGUCCAGAGGACAGUACAGAAUAAGAAUGAAGGGAAACAUGUCAUUGAUUUGCUGGUACAAUAAAGGGCACUUUCGUUUUCUGACCAAUGCCUAUUCUCCAGUACAACAAGGAGUUAUAAUUAAGAGAAAAAGUGGAGAAAUUCCAUGCCCACUGGCAGUUGAAGCCUUUGCUGCUCACCUUAGCUACAUCUGCAAAUAUGAUGAUAAAUACAGCAAGUAUUUCAUUUCUCACAAACCAAACAAGACCUGGCAACAAGUGUUCUGGUUUGCCAUCAGCAUCGCUAUAAAUAAUGCCUACAUCCUCUACAAAAUGUCAGAGGCCUACCAUGUGACAAGGUACAGCCGUGCACAGUUUGGUGAAAGACUUGUAAAGGAGCUUCUGGGCUUGGAGGACACCUCACCCACCCAUUGAUGCUUUGCUCUUGGUGGUGUAGGCAGGGGCUGGAGGGAAGGCAGAAGAUACCACACCUGGAGCAGCAAAGCAAGGAACUCGUGACACCACCAGUGCUGUCAUCCAAAAAUGCCAAGUGAUGCCACUAGAGAGGUGCAAACUUUGUUCCUAGUAUCAGCUGGAUGUAAACAUGUCGUGCAGAAAGUGCCACUGGAAAAGCUGACACAAAAUUGCACAUGUGAAUGCCCUGUGGGAAUCUGUACACCCAAAUCAGACUUAAAUUAGCCAUCAUCUCAAUGCUAUUUGUUGAAUGGGGUCAUCUUAUAAAAGUUCCUCUUGGGCCAAGAGCUUGUCAGAAGCUGGCACAGCUCAGCAGUCCUAGACAGGUAUUACAGGAAACUCUACACCUUCCUUGGAGUUAUUAAAAUCUGGGACAAGCCCCGUGAGGCUGCUCCGUGGGCUGUGGCUGAGCGUGGCUGCCAUCACCGCUGUCCUGCACAGGAACACUACAGCAGGCAUCUUGACAAACACCACCUUCACAGGCAGGCAGCCAGGAACUGAGGAUCAGUCAUGAUUUUUUCUUUCUGCGUUUUUCUUUUUCCCCUUUGUUUUUAUUAAUGUAACAUAGGACAAUUUGAUCCCAGUUAGAAGAUAGGAAAAUUAGGAGGAACCAAGUACAUUAGUGAAUUUAAAAUGGCAAAUACAUUACACUGAUUUUCUUUUUUAACCAGGAUGAAACAUUUUAUACACAAACAGUGAUUAAUACUGUAAGUAUUAACAGUGAGUUAAUCAGUAAGUAAUACUGCCUCACAUCUUAACUGCCACGGUCAGUGUACAGGUGAGAAAUCAAAAUAUAUUAACUAUAUUUUUUCUUGAUUUCAACUGCAUCUUAAAUGUUGCUUAAAAAGCUAAUGUAAAGGACUGUUAAAGUUUUAAGAACAAUAAUUUCUUGUGUUUUCUUUGGUAACUGUCAAGACCUUUUUGGUCCAUUUUCGAAUUUGGUUUGGCACACGGCUGGCAGAAAAAAAAAAGUCACUAAUAGCCAAGUGUUUCCCAUGAUCAGUGUGGGGUGUUCUGUAGGAAUUCUUUUUGGUAGAGUUCAGGGCUUGUCACAGUAGUUGUAAUUAAGCAGAUUAUAUGUUUAGCAAAAUGACGUAGCAUUGUGUUUUAGAAAAGGAAAGAAGUCCAGUUGCAACCAACUUUAAACCUUGCUAAAAUAGAGCAAGCCCAAAGAGUUCUUCUGUUCUGAGUGACUCUGUAGAGGACAAGCAUCACUGUGAGCUGGUGGCCAAGGCCAUGUUUUGGUGCUCGUGGAAUCUGAAAACCACUGGAGUUUCAGAAAACAAUGCCAAGAGAGAGAAGUAUGAUUGAAAGGAGGGAAUCAAUACUGAGGGGAAGUACUACCCUGCCCUCUACACUUUAUUGAUUUUAGUCCACAACUCAAUCAUCAAAAAACUCUGUAUGCUGAAGGUUAGCAGUUAUGGGCAUAAACAGAAUUGCAUUAACUUACAGGGCAGAAAACCAUGUUGAUUAGAGGAGCCCAAGCCUGAAAAGUUUUACUCCCAAAGAAUGACUCGAGUUGAUUCAAGAGGAAUGGAGUGAGUGAGUGAUUGAUUUAUCAGUGUAAAUCUUACAAGAUUACAUAUAUCCAUUUGACAAGAGGCAAUAGAGGGUAACCAACAUAAAUUUGGAAACUCCUCAGAUUUCAUCAUUCUGUGACAUGCAAAUGCCUAGCCUGUAAAUAAUAACAGAGGAAGAAUUCAGCAGGAGCUAGGAAAUGAAUGACUAGCCCAUGGAGUAUCCUUGCACUGACACCUUUCUGUUUCCACCAAAGUCUUACUGUUUGGCAUAGACCUAGAGGCAGAUCUCACCUGGUUGCAAGAAGAGAAGGGGAUGGCCACCUCCAUGGUGGUUCUGCUUGUGCUGCAGCCUGGAGCCUGUCCCACACAUCCUGCUCUGCCUGCCAGCUGCACAAUGAACAGCAGCAGGAUUCCUAAUCAUCCUUUUCACUUCUCAGUCCACAAGGUCUCCACCCAGGAAGCAUGGGAGAAAGGACCAAACUUUGUGCACUGAGGCCUCCUAACCACAAAAGAAGGGGGUGGGUUUGUACCACUCUAGCCCUUGACAAUAUCACGCUGCACAGGAACCCAAGGAUGAGAUCAAAGUGUCUUGGCCUUGCAGAAAACUGAGACCACCCCUCUUCAGACUGUUUGAUAGAUGGUUCUUGUCAGUCUUGUAAGGAUUCAAAGGGAGACAGCUGCUAGCCUAAAGCAUGAAAAAUAAAUGUUCAGCAAUAUAAACCUACAGUUUUCUUUUUUUCAGGAAAUUUCACAGUGUUCUUACUGCUCCCUGCUUCAGACAAUGCCAGCCCAUAUUGGAUCAGGAAGUGUAGCUACUGCUCAUGAUAUCCCGUAAAUUUAUAUGGUUGUUACAGCUGGGGCAGUAAGGAAAAGUUUGGCUGGAACUUUGCUGAUGGGAAGGCUUAAAUGAACAGUAGCUGCUUCCUUACACUCCCAUGCCAUGCUGGGGUAUGUGCAGGAUACCCAUGCCCCCAGCAGACAUGGGAUGGUUUCCAAGACCCACUUGGAGCCACUUGGCAUUUCUGAAGAGUAGGCAGACCACUCUCCAGCUAUGUUGUAGGCCCCUGGGAUAAAUCUGGAGCCCUUUGCCAAUUGUCACAUAACUCUGUAUGCUUAAAGGCCUGGAUCUAGGCCAUCCCGUACAGAAAAUGCCUUUUCUUUUUUAGGUGACAGUAGGCCUGAGGCCUUGGAAUAUUUAAUUUUUCACCAAUGUAUGCAUUUAAUUAUGUGGAUUACUUGAGCUCAAAUUAUGAGAUCCUAGUUUUUUGCCUCAGGGACUGGGUCCUGAGUAGUUUUCCCUAGAAUUGGUGUUGAUGGGGGAUUACACAGUGGCUGACUAUUACAGGGAAGAUGCUUUAGUCUCCUUUGUAAAGGAGAAAAAUGAAGACAAAAUUAUAGCUUUGCAAUGAAUUUCAUUUUCUUAGCCUUAACCAUCCCUCAUCAUUUGGAACUGUUGUUCUUAUCAUGCACAAACAUUCCAUAAGUAAGCAAAAAUAUUUAUAUAUAUUUGUAUGUAUAAAAUGCCUGAAUUUUGGCUCUCAAAGCCAACAAGCAAAAGCCACCAAAGUGUAGUUGAUAUCUACAGAUAAUUCUUCCUCCUCAUCUUUUCCUUUUAUUGACUGGAAGUGGAUAGGGUUGGGGAAAGUUAAGAUUUCUCCUUGUUGAAAAAGCAUCUUGCACUUUUUCUGUUGCUACAACCAAGGCAAAGUAAUUAAGGAAGGCAUAGGAUAAUUUUUAAAAGGCUAAAGAUUGUCAACUGCAGCUCAGCCUGUGUAGGAUUAUUUCCUUUACUGCAAACUUGUUCGCUCAAUUUGGGUCCCCACCUGGUUGUAACAUUAAAGCUUCUCCCUAAUUAAAGUGGGGGGAAAGUCUCAAAGUAGUGCAAGGAUGCUCGUUGUAGUGUGUGUGUGUGUCUAAUUGUGGAUAGCUUAUGAAAUGAUAGUUUGGGUUGUUUGUAGCCUUAAGACAAUCGGGUAAGAGAUCUGAGAACUCAGAAGUAGGUAAAAUGCAGCAGAAAUGCCGACCAGGUCACAGAGAAAUGUCUCUAAAUUUUUUCAGGAAAAAAUUUGACACUGAAAUAGUGAAGGGAGCACAGCACAGCUCCUUUCUCUCCUGCUGAAUUGAAUUUUCACUGACAUGUACUUCUAAAAACUGAUGGUAUGCAAACUUUGUUUCAAAGAACCAUCAGUAAGACAUACCAAUCACCUUCUAUGCACACUACUUUCAGGAAAUGUCUGUCGUGCCACGAUCCAUUCUUGGAAAACAUUUAUUUUCCCAGUGUGUAAUAUCACACUUGCCAGAGCUUAGAAGCCACUGGGAAGUGGUUUCCACUGUUGUCUCAGUUGAAAAAUGCUUCAAGGGCUUGCAGGAAUUCUGCCACUUUUUACUUCAGCCCAUCUGUACACUUGACAAUAAGGCAACAAUUUAAAGAACUCUCAUCUUCACUUUUUGUUUCUAUUCUCUAUCCCCAAUCCUUCUAUAUACAAGAAGUUUAGGAAUCAUAAUUUAUAGUACAACUUUGUUUUCUUCAGGUAAUUCCUAGAGAAAAUUGAAUUUUGCAACUCAAAAACAGCAUUCCUGUUCUUUACCUCCAGCUGAUUUCUGUGGCCUUUUUUUCCCAAAGAUGUUGUUUUCUUUCUAACAGUUAUUUAGAACUCUGUCUUGAGCUGGUGAUCAGUGAAAGAAGCCUCCAGUAUCUCAUUCUUCCACACCUUAGUCCCCUCGUGCUAGAGCUGAUUCCACUGACGAGGGCGGGGGGUUAUGCUGCUCUGAUAAUUCUGUGCAUCUCUGGUACUUUCCAAGCAAGGAUUGCAAAGUGCUGUGACAACCUCAGCACUCAUGAGACGUCAUUAGCUUUCCAAAGCUUUUUCUUUCCUACCAGACACCCAGGCACAGCACAGAUAAGGGGGAUGAUGAAACUGUAAAGUGGAGUUUUGUACUCCUGCUGAUUAAGGCCGUGUUCUGUGUUUUCAGUGACUUGGUUCUUGUUCAAAAGCACUUUUCCAAACUAGAAAUGAAAGUAUGCCAAAUAUCAUUUCCCCCUAAGUAAGGGUUGUGGCACUUAGAACAGGUUCCUUCAUACAGGCUGGCAUGAGUCAAAUCCAAAUUGCACUAAAAGUAAGAGAAAAUUUCAUAAAACGUAUGAGCCCAACAAGCCUAGAGGAACUUAGAAGAGAUAAAUGGAAAAAUCUGAAGCUCUGCAGUAGUACAGCAAACAAUGUGAAAUUCAGAAAAAAUAAUUACUGAAUUAAGGAAAGUCACUGAGGCUUAGAUGGAAUAUGAAGUCUUCCAUCCUAACUCCGCUAUGAAAUUUGCCAUCGCACUUUCUUCAUGCUCAGAUUGAUGUAAGAUUGGUUGUUAAACGAGCUCAUCUCAGUCUGGCUGAGAAAAACAUUGAAGUGUCAAAGGCCUGUUCACAGUUUCACAAGGGCAAGGAAUUCUAAGCUCCAAACAGGUAUAUAUUUGGCCUGCUGUUAACUAGGAUACUUGCACCAACACAUCACAUCAUCUACUCAAAAGCAAGCCUGUCAUCAGUGCUACUUGAUAUAUACUCAUUCUUGUCACAAUUCUUCCUAAACUUACCUUUGUUUCCAGAAGCAUCAUGAACUGGAAGCACCUCUGUAUCAUCACCCUCACUGCUGGGAAACAGUUGAGAACAGCUGUGCUUCGUAAAAAGGAUCUCUUCCUCUUCUUUUGAGUGACAGCUUUGUCUCUCUGGAAAUCUAGCCCUGGAGAAGCUUCCUGCCCCACACUUUCCUUUGUGUCCCUCAUUCCUCACAUUUAGAACACAUCCAAAGCAUCCUGCAGGUUCUUGGUCAGUCUAGAAGAGUUGCCAACAUAGAGCUGGCCCUCCAGUUUACUUUUGUAGCUUUGCUUUGCUGGUCCUUUGUGCUAUUUUGCUGAUCUCAGAUGAAACAGGGUAUUGUUUCAGCAGGCUGUUCUGAUUGCAAUCACUGUGAACGUGUUGUCUGCUUUGCCCCAUUAGUGCUGCCCCAGCAGCUCUGGAUGGAGCCCAAAGAGGUUUCAGCAGCACCAACCCACUGCUCCAGCUGGAAUGGCUGUAAUAUUCCUCAGCUCUGCAUUGCUGUCAUAGAGAGACCUUCGACAGGGUCUGCGGAUUUUCUUUAUGCUUUGCUUUGUUUUUUGAAGCCCUUUCACUCUGAUGGGUUUGGUGAACAGCUGUUAGGUAUCCCAAAAAGGCCUUAAGUGGUAAAUCCCUUUUGUAUCACUCUCUUGAAAUAAUAAUUGCUUGUAUUGGAUGUCAGGGUGGUCCAUGUGAUGUGUAGUGCAAAAAUCUUAUCCACAAAAGCAUCAUUUGCUGUACCUGAACAACCUUGGAUGCCUGGGGCCCUGACUGAGGAUCCCAGGGGGGAGGACUGCCAUGCUGUGCUGUAGGACCGUGAUGUGCAGGGCCUCAUUGGGGAAAAAGGCUGGGGAGACACAAGACCACAGUUUGGAAUCCAAGUUCCUUGGACAAGCAGACUUCAUAGCCAGGCUGGUCUCAGAAGUUUUUCUAGGAAAGGAAAAAUGCCAGUUUGCUCCCAGCCCUGGCAAUUCUGUUUCUAAAAUAAACACUCUGGCAAAUGCUUUCACACUUCAGGUACUUACAGUGUGCUCUGGCCUUCAUAGCAUUUUUAUUUAUUUCCACUAGUUCCUCCCAAAAAGCCUAGAAAUUGAAAAGCAAAACACAGUGCACUAGGUUCAGCUGUCCAGAACCCCAACCUACUUGUGUCAAAGUAACUUUGUGGUCUUGUUCUCAAAUAAUCUAUGUCAAGGCAUUUGCAAAAUGUGACUGCUGAACAAUUUGCAUGUCUCUAUAAAACACAGUCGCUCAUUUGAUGAAAAACAGUUUGCAGGUCUCUUGGACUUAUUUUGCAGCUUGGAUUUUUCUUCUAGAUAUAAACCAAAUCUUUGCCUGCAAUUUAAGUACUGAAAUAAAAAAAUAGUUUGAUCCCAUGGACUGGGGGUGAUAUCAGAGAGACAAAACUCAGGUUUAUGACAGUGAUUAAUCUGAUCCUAUAAAGGUGAGGCUAAUCAGCAUGGUCUGACACAAGGAGAAGUUCAAGGGCAACAGUGGGUUUGAGAAGGCAGAGGAAAGUUCAGAGGAUGGGCAUGUGGAGAGAGAAGAGCCAGGUGAUCCCUUCUAACUCUCAUCAUUCCAGCAUGUAUAUCCCCCUCUCCUGAUACCUUUGAAUUAAAAGAAAAGGCUGAUGUUUAACAUAACUAGUCUGCACAAACCCUGCUUUGGCUACCUACAUCCCUGGCCUCACCCCACGCCUUUCCUUAGACUGUACAUGUUCAGUAGUCAUCAGCCUUGGAGUCACAGCACUGCUGCAUGUCAGCACAGCAUGGAAGCUACAGACUGUGGAAGCACCACAGUAGAAACAGGAACAAUGGGGAUUCUGGAGAAGGAGUCUCCCCCUUGACAUUUUGUUUUCAUUUAUUUUUCAAUGUGUGCAACUUACAUUCCAUCAAAUGCAGAGACAGUUCCAAAGGCGAAGAUGGGCCUUAGCUGGCUGAGUGCUUUCAAGACCACUGGGCUGUGCUCACACCAUCAGCAACUGCAGUUCUGUUGCAAAGCUCCAUAUUCUUUACAAUUCUAAAGAUUUCUGUUGAAAGCAUAAAUCACAUAGGUAAAGUAUACACUGCAAAUUACUUUUUUUUUUUCAUUUUCUUUUAAAAAAUCUCAGAGCAAUUUUAUAACAGCCAAGUCUUUCGGGAAAUGCAGGUGUGUGACCUCUUCACGGUAAGAGACACACAACUGUAUUUCUGCAUGGGACAGGGAACUACUUUUGUGACACCAGUUUUGUUCUACACAAAGGCACGCUUGCAAUAAAUUUUUACAACUUUUGUACACCAUAAGCUGAAUUCCAAGUUCCAAAAAUGUGAAGUGUGGCAACAAUAACAAAAUGGAUUUAUAGUAUCACUCUGAUAUCUUGUCAUGUGAUUUUAUUUCUUCAACAAAGUUUGUUUACAAUCAACAACUUUGAAAUACAGUCAGAUAUAUUA